GAGCUUCAGCACCAUAAGAAAGAAAUUGGAACAUUAAAAAUGGAAAAAGAUAAUCUCAAUAAGAAGGUUUCUGAGUUGCUUGAAAGGAGUAAAAAUGUUGAUGUUGAGGAUUAUGAUCGAGUGAAGAAACUUGCUAGAGAAAUCCAGGAUAAACUAAGAGAGAGGGAUGCUCGGAUUGAGGAACUUGGUAAAAGUCUAUCAGAAAAGCAGGAUUCUGUUUCAUGCCUAGAGAAAGAUCUUCCAAACUGCCGAUUGGAGCUAGCAGAGACAGAGAAGAGAAUUAAUGACAUUCUGCAUAAUGAGGCUAACCUAAAACUUGAUUCGGAGAAGCAUAGGAAACUGCUGGCUCAGUUUAAGAAGAGGAUUGAUGUUUUGUCAAGGAAAAAGGAACACCUAGGGAAAGAGAACCAACAACUUUCUAGGCAAUUAGAUGAAAUUAAACAAGGAAAACUCCUUUUUUGAAUGAUGUGCCUUUGAUACUUGCUUCAAUUCUAGCCUCCACAUAACUAGCAGGUAUGUGG